AGCUGCUCGAGAACAGGGGAGGCAAACCCGGAAGCGCUCCUGUCUGGGUUCAGGCUGCGGGCCACUGAGGCAACGACUACUGGAGCGGUUUCCUCUCGGAUCACUGUCGAGAUAUUAAUUGUAAAGCAUCUGUUGGCCGCCGUAUAGAAGCAGAACAUCAUGGCUGGCCGGCUACCGGCGUGUGUUGUGGAUUGUGGCACCGGGUAUACAAAACUCGGCUAUGCAGGGAACACAGAACCCCAGUUCAUCAUUCCGUCAUGUAUUGCUAUCAAAGAAUCUGCAAAAGUUGGAGAUCAAGCUCAGCGCAGGAUGAUGAAGGGGGUGGACGACCUUGAUUUUUUCAUUGGAGAUGAGGCCAUUGACAAACCAUCUUAUGCAACAAAGUGGCCUAUUCGUCAUGGGAUUGUGGAAGACUGGGACCUAAUGGAGAGAUUCAUGGAGCAGGUCAUCUUCAAGUAUCUGCGGGCAGAACCUGAAGAUCAUUAUUUCCUGUUGACGGAACCUCCUCUCAAUACGCCAGAGAACCGGGAGUACACCGCAGAGAUCAUGUUUGAGUCCUUUAAUGUUCCAGGUCUCUACAUUGCUGUACAGGCUGUGCUGGCACUUGCUGCCUCUUGGACAUCCAGGCAAGUAGGAGAGCGAACCUUGACUGGAACUGUUAUAGAUAGUGGGGAUGGAGUCACACACGUCAUCCCAGUGGCUGAAGGCUACGUCAUUGGUAGUUGCAUCAAACACAUCCCCAUUGCCGGUCGAGACAUCACAUACUUCAUCCAGCAGCUGCUGAGAGAACGUGAGGUCGGGAUUCCUCCUGAACAGUCUCUGGAGACAGCCAAAGCAGUCAAGGAGCGGUUUAGCUACGUUUGCCCUGACCUUGUGAAGGAGUUCAACAAGUAUGACACAGAUGGAUCCAAGUGGAUCAAGCAGUACACUGGCGUUAAUGCCAUCACUAAGAAGGAGUUCAACAUUGACGUGGGCUAUGAGCGCUUCCUAGGGCCUGAAAUCUUCUUCCAUCCCGAGUUUGCCAACCCAGACUUCACCCAGCCAAUCUCAGAGGUGGUGGAUGAUGUCAUCCAGAACUGCCCAAUUGAUGUCAGACGUCCACUCUACAAGAACAUUGUGUUGUCUGGAGGCUCUACCAUGUUCAGGGACUUUGGACGACGCCUUCAGAGAGACCUCAAGAGAACUGUGGACGCACGACUGAAGAUCAGUGAGGAGUUGAGUGGAGGCAAGCUCAAGCCAAAGCCCAUCGACGUGCAGGUGAUCACCCAUCACAUGCAGAGAUACGCUGUGUGGUUUGGAGGGUCUAUGUUGGCGUCCACGCCUGAGUUCUACCAAGUGUGCCACACCAAGAAAGACUAUGAGGAGAUUGGACCCAGCAUCUGCCGCCACAACCCUGUAUUUGGUGUCAUGUCCUAGACCACUGGAGCUUCAGCCAUGGGAGGAGGCAUCGGAAAACCUGUAUGGCGUGACCACACGCCUUUGUCCUGAUGCUCCGACAGCACCGCACACUGAGUGAAGGUGGACCCAACUGAAGAAACGGCAAUAUCCUUGCAGGGCAGAGGUCGGAGGUGACUCAGCCCAAGGGAUCCUCAGUCAUCAAAACAAACAUGUUUACUCUGUGGUUACUAGGUUGACGAUAGUCCUAAUAAGUGAUGAUCUCUGUGUGCCGGGGUUCUCUUCUUCUAUUCUUCUCACAAAGUUGUCAUGUAUAUAACAGGAUUCGGCUAUAAACGUGUGGGUGGGGUCUUACCAUGGUAUUUGGUGUCAAGCUUUCCAAGGCAUGAUGCAAUUGGAUCUGAAACGGUUUUCCUUACCAGCUUUAAAUCAUCAAAUGCGGUAAAAAUGCAUUAAUAUUAAAAAGAUCAUGAUUUGCUAUUCCUCCCUUUCAAAUGUCUUUUCUUGGGAAUAAAAUCAUUUAAAUAUUC